AUGGCUAACGGCACGAACGGCUCCACGAACGGCGCCAACGGCGUCCGCCAACGCAAAAAGACCUCCGAGGUCGUCGCGUCCGGCGAGUCGACCCAGAUCAUGAACGCCAUCCCCACCGCCUACGGACAGGCGAUGGACAAGAAGCUCGACGAGCACCAGACCUACGAGUUUGGCGGCCCCGUCGGCGUCACCGCCAUGAUGCUCGGCUUCCCCGUCCUCAUGUACUACCUCUGGAUCUGCCUCUGGUACUACGACGGCGCCCUCGUCCACCCCUCGAGCCUGUCCGACGUCGGCCCCUUCCUCCAGCGCAUGUGGGCCCACUGUGUCGACGGCGCGUACCCGACCGCCUUUGCGUGGGGCACGUACCUCGGCCUCACCGCGAUCGAGCUCUUCUUCGCCUGGGUCAUGCCUGGCGUCGAGCAGCACGGCCUCCCCGUCCCCUCCCUCGGCUACAAGACGCUCCUCUACAAGUGCAACGCCCUCUGGUCGUGGUACGCGACGCUCAUCCUCGCUGGCGUCCUGCACUACACCAGCAUCUACCGCCUCCCGUGGAUCAUCGAGAACUUUGGCGGCAUCAUGACCGUCGCCAUCGUGACCUCGUACACCAUCUCGGCGACGAUUGACAUUCUCGCGCGCACCAUGCACUACGGCGGCGCGCCCCUGCGCAUGUCCGGCGUCGCGGUGUACGACCACUUCAUGGGCGUCUCGCUCAACCCGCGCCUCGGCCCCAUCGACCUCAAGAUGUUCGCCGAGGUGCGCGUCCCGUGGGUGCUCCUCUUCCUGAUCUCUCUCUCGGGCGUCGUCAAGCAGUACGAGGACCUCGGCCACGUCACGUACAACAUGUUCCACAUGCUGCUCGCGACCGGCCUCUACAUCAACGCGUGCGCCAAGGGCGAGCAGAUGAUCCCCCAGACGUGGGACAUGUUCCACGAGAAGUUUGGCUGGAUGCUCAUCUUCUGGAACAUGGCCGGCGUGCCCUUCACGUACUGCUACCCGACCAUCUACAUGGUGCGCGCGGACCCGUCGACGUACGAGUUCCCCACCUGGGCGUGCGUCGCCAUGUUCGUCACGCUCCUCACCUGCUACUACAUCUUUGACACGAGCAUGGCGCAAAAGUCGGCCUUCAAGAUGCAGCAGCAGGGCGAGUACAAGCCCCGCAAGGCGUUCCCGCAGCUCCCCUGGAGCGUCGUCGAGAACCCCACGUUCAUCCAGACCAAGCACGGCAACAAGCUCCUCACGUCCGGCUGGUGGCGCUACGUGCGCAAGCCCAACUACUCGGCCGACUGGAUCCAGGCGCUCACCUGGGGCCUCACCGCCGGCUUCAACACGCCCAUCACGCUCUGGUACCCCAUCUUCUUCCUCGCCGUCCUCACGCACCGCUGCGGCCGCGACUUUGAGAAGUGCGAGCGCAAGUACGGCGACGACUGGGACGAGUACUGCAAGGUCGUCCGCUGGCGCUUCAUCCCCUACGUCUACUAG